AUGAUGCGAGACAUCUAUGCCUCCGCAACACAAGUAACCAUCUGGCUCGGCGAGGCAGAUGAAGAUAGCAACGUCGUUUUCGACGCCCUACCAAUAGUCACCGGAAGCAUACCAUGGCCUGAUCAGGGAAUCCAGUGCGUCAAGAUACGCCAGCAUUGUGGAAGGUUCUUCUUCAGUUUGAGCGAUCACCGCUCGUGGUUUUCGCGCGUCUGGAUCUUACAAGAACUCGCGAUGAGUAAGACUGAUCCCGAUGUUGUGUGCGGCUACAAACGCGCACCUUGGUCCAAAUUUGUCGCAGCAUGGCAGAGUAUUGCACGUAAGGCCCUCGUAGACUUAGGAACACGCGUGAAGGAGCCCAGCGCAGACGCUGAAGAGUCUGCUGAUCAACACGACAAAAUCGAGAUCCUUAGCUUGACGAAACUAGAUGUCCUCCACGAUCUCCGAUGCGCAGUUCAGACCCGCGGAGGUGACAGUCUCAAGAGGCUCUUGAUGAUGUCCCGGACAUCAGCAGCGACGGACCCCAGAGAUCGUAUCUACGGCCUUCUUGGCCUAUUGAGCAACGAAGCGCUUGAUCCAAGUACGAGCAAUACGAUUUCUGUUGACUACCGCAAGUCAUGCUCAGAAGUCUACGUGGACGCUGUAGCUCAUAUCUUCUCUCGUGGAGAAGGCCCGUACUUCCUCUCGGGCGUGUUUCUGUCCGGUGGUCCCGCUACUGCACCUCAAAUACCAACUCUCCCCGCAUCAAAGGUGCAAGAUAGCUUGCCAUCCUGGGUUCCCGACUUCUCGCGCCAGGAAUCUCACAGAAUAGCACAGCCGGGAGGUUGGCAUUUCCAUCCACCAACCACGAUGCAUGUCUCUGGUGCAGGACAGGGCGCGAAGAACGGGAAGGUGCUCGGUGACGGUCGCACACUCCAAGUGAGAGAGGUCUCAUUGUCGAUAAAAUCUGGCUAUGAGCCUGCGCCUGCGUCAUAUGAAGCGAUGUAUUCGGAUCUCCUGGCGAACGAUAUCACGAAUACAGGAGAGCAGGUCCACGAGCCACUUGACUCCUCCAAAACAAGCGAGUACGAACAAAUCCUUGAUUCUUGCGCUGGGAAGAAGUCUUUUUUCACCACCAUCAAUGGGUUCGUUGGAUCAUGUGUGCCAGCAGGUCAGCCAGGCGACAUUAUUGCUAUCCUCUUCGGAUCGCCGUCGCCUUUCGUAUUGCGCCCGUUACCAGUCAAACAAAAAGAGCAACAUGUUUAUUGGCUGAUUGGAGCUUCUUAUGUCGGUGGCAUCAUGGAUGGUGAGAUGGUCGAUGAGCUGUACUGCGAAGAUCUCAUGGACUCUACGACAUUCCUCGUCAAGUAG